CUCAACGAGAUCCCAGGAUCCGCUCAUCCACCCCGUCAGCGACCCGCAGACAUGAGCUGCUCCUACGUUGAAGCAGAGAAGCUGCAGCCGACCGACUUCGAGGUCCGAUACUUCGAUGACUACGAAUUCUACAACCUGACCGACCGUUACGCACUGCCAACGGCCGCAAGGAAAGGCCGGACGAAGAAAGAGGCGCGAGAGAACACCAACCGGGAGAGUCCGUGCGGCCACGAGAGGAAGAUCGCCGGCAAGCUGCAGCGCAGCGAGGACAAGCGCAAGGGAAAAGCAGCCAAGGCGUGAGGGGCAGGUUUCACCUUUGGACGGCACCAGGACGCACGGACAAACGGCAUCGCGACAGACACCGACAACUCACACAGUCCGGGAGGCGGAGAGCACGCGCGGCAGGAGCAGAAACGGAUCCAGUCUGGGGGGAGACCGGGAAUGGCGGAACGACUCGCCUCCCCGACACGGACCGGGAGCUGCAGAGCAUCCCUCCUCUAAACAAGGCACGGAACCCACGGAACAUCUCGUCCUUAACCGCAUUCAGAGUGAUGGGAGUGGGGCAGAGCACCUCCGAUUAACCCAUUCAUGUCUUGGCGGAGCUGAUCCCACUCAGUUAAUAAAUUCAAGGCUGGAUGGAGGGGGGGGGCUGUUAUUUUUUACUCUUUAAUGGCUGGAAGGAGAUUAUAGAAUCAGUUAACCCUUUCAGGAUCAAAGUAAAUAAAACAUGUUUUGUUCAAAUA